AUGUGUAUAGUUUGCGGUUUAAAAGAAGAUAUAUUAUCAAAAGAAGAGGGGUUUGGAUUUUGUUCUCAACGUUUAUUUGUUGAUUGCCAAGAAAGUCAAGGAUACGCACAAAAUAUACCAGGAAAUCAACUUGUAUACUCGCCAGGGGGUGGGGGUAGUCAGUCAAGUGAAGUAUAUAACAGACCACAAAUCACUUUCUCAGUUCAACCUACCGUUAAUACACAGCAAGAACAAGUCCAGGUAGAGCACAGUCAUGAUCAUAGCCAUGGCGAUGCUUAUGAUAAUCCAAAAGCUUGGGAUAUAAGAGAUUCUGUGCCUGGUGAGCCAGGACAAGAUUAUCCAACACAUUCUUUUGUACCACCAACUGAAUUUAGUUGCGAAAAUCGACCAAACGGAUAUUAUGCUGAUAUCGAAACAGGCUGUCAAGCAUUUCGAAUAUGUACAGGAACACCACAACCAUUUUCAUCGGUACUUUGUCCAAAUGGAUCAUUAUUUAAUCAAGCAGUGUCGGCUUGUGAUUGGUGGAAUAAUGUGAAUUGUAAAGCAUCGGAACGAUAUUAUCCAUCGAACGCUGUGAUUGCACCGACAUUAUCUGUUUCAGUUAUGUUAGAGAAUGUACAUAAUAUGAUAAUGGCACCCGUGUAUGGUAUUCCACAAUACUAUGAUCAUAAUCAGAACUCAAUCGAACCCCAGUAUCCAGAUGCUCAAGUUGCAGAAACUGCACAAGCCAAUGAGUAUUUACCACCCAACCCAACUACACCAUUACCGAGUGGAUCACCACAGCCUCAAGCUCAACCAAGUAUUACACCUCCUCCAGGACAAUUUCUUCCACCUAGUGCAUCUCCAGCACCCGGUUAUUUACCACCAGCGUCUGGAUCACCAGCACCUAGUAUACCAGCUCCUAGUAUACCAGCACCUAGUGCACCAGCCCCUACUCAAUUUCUUCAACCAAGUUCAUCUCCAGCAUCCGAAUAUUUACCACCAGCGUCUGGAUCACCAGCACCUAGUAUACCAGCACCUAGUGCGCAAGCACCUGGUCCGACGCCUGGUUCCGUUACUGUAUUGGGUUCUUCUUCUACCGCAGGAUCACAAGCUUCUUCUACAUCAGUAGGGGGUUCGUCUUCAUCAAGUUCGUCCUCAUCAGGCUCAUCAUCUUCGGGGACAACAAGCGUAGACGUACAAGAAGCUGAAGAAAUUGAAUUUCAACCAGUCGAUCCAGAUGAUUCUGCAUUAGGAAUUGGAGUAGGCGGAGGCGGGGGCGCAGGCUUCGGUGGUGGGUUUGGUUUUCAACCUAAUAUACAAAUCAGUUUCCAAGGAGGAGGGGGCGGAGGAGGAGGCUAUAACUAUCGUCGACCUUCAUCGUCUCGGCCUAGUUCACGUCCUAGUAAUUCAGGUUCACGUCCAAAUGGUAGUUUUAAAACACCAAGACCUGUAUCGCAAAUGUCAUGGCCACCACGCCCAAGACCACAAUCACAGGGACCAUCUAGAGGUUAUAACUACCCUUCUCCUUCGCAGCCACGGCCUCGACCACCGUCUCCUCCACAAAAUAGACCUUCUCAGCAAUCACAAUCCUCUGGAUAUAAUUAUCCACAGCCUACACUGCAAAGACCGCAACCUACCCAACCAAGGCCACAGCCAACACAACCAAGACCACAGCCAACACAACCAAGACCACAGCCAACAGUACAGCAGCCACAACCAAGCCCUAGUGUACAGCCACAACAACCUUCAUCAACGUCAGGCUAUAAUUACCAGCAACCUACACAAACCGGACCAGCUCCACAAUCUAGCCCACAACCAACAAUCCAACAACCUUCCCCUAGUCCCAGUGUACAACCAACAAUUCAACAGCCCUCUCCUAGUCCAAGCGUUCAACCACAACAACCUGCGACAUCCACAGGGUAUAAUUACCAACAACCACAACCCACACAAGCACGCCCACAACCUACACCUCAACAACCAAGUGUCCAGCCAACAUUUCAACAACCCUCUCCUAGUCCAAGUGUUCAACCGCAACAACCUUCCUCCACAGGGUAUAAUUACCAACAACCCCAACCUACACAAGCUCGUCCACAGCCAACACCUCAGCAACCAAGUGUCCAGCCAACGUUUCAACAACCCUCUCCUAGUCCAAGUGUUCAACCACAACAACCUUCUUCCACAGGGUAUAAUUACCAACAACCCCAACCUACACAAGCUCGUCCACAGCCUACACCUCAGCAACCAAGUGUCCAGCCAACGUUUCAACAACCCUCUCCUAGUCCAAGUGUUCAACCGCAACAACCUUCCUCGACAGGAUAUAAUUAUCAACAACCCCAACCUACACAAGCUCGGCCACAGCCUACACCUCAGCAGCCAAGUGUCCAGCCAACGUUUCAACAACCCUCUCCUAGUCCAAGUGUUCAACCACAACAACCUUCCUCCACAGGGUAUAAUUACCAACAACCCCAACCUACACAAGCUCGUCCACAACCCACACCUCAGCAACCAAGUGUCCAGCCAACGUUUCAACAACCCUCUCCUAGUCCAAGUAUUCAACCUCAACAACCUUCCUCCACAGGGUAUAAUUACCAACAACCCCAACCUACACAAGCUCGUCCACAACCCACACCACAGCAACCAAGUGUCCAGCCAACGUUUCAACAACCCUCUCCUAGUCCAAGUAUUCAACCUCAACAACCUUCCUCCACAUCCGGUUACAAUUACCAACAGCCCUCAGCUCCAUCAUCACCACAACCUCAAGCACCUCAACCAUCUACACCUAGGCCUAGUAGUACUUUCGCACCCAGUAGUACAUCAGGACCCAGUAGUACUUCCGGACCCAGUAGUACUUCUGGACCUAGUAGUACUUCUGGACCAGCUGGCUACAAUUAUCCUAAUCCUUCUACAUCUUCUACCUCCGUUACUUCCAUAUAUAGUUUUGGUUCCCCAGAACCAUUUAAGGUCUCACUAAAUACAGGCACCUCCCAAUCACCAAAUGUGCAAGUUUCGAAUGCCGGAUACCCAUCAUCGGGACCACCUGCAUCAGGUUCAUCUACAUUCGCACCUCCACUCUCCUCUGGUCCAACUCGGUUUGAUGAUUCUGGAAAUAAUGACAUCAGCGGUGGUAGUUUUUCAUCGAGUUCAUCUGGCUCAUCUUCAUCAUCUUCUGGUUCAUCUUCAUCUUCGUCCUCGUCUUCAUCCUCAUCUAGUGGAGCUGUUUCUAUAGAUAUUGUACCAUCGUUAUCUUUUGACUUUGACUCAGAUCAAGGAAAGCAGGAGUAUGUAAAUGCCGUUGUCGGUGGAUUAUUUAACGAUCAAUCAUCGACAGAUGGCGGUGCAGGAGACAAAGGAGAUUAUGAUCAAGAAUUUUUAGACGCCAAAUUUGAUAUUGGUGAUAUAAAUGCUCUGGGAGCGUUAGGAUCAGCUGGCUCUCCUACAUCAACAUUCGAAGGACCAUCUUCGUAUUUAGCACCACAAGGCUCAAUUGAAGGUGAUUUUGGUGGUGGAAACAGUUUUCAAGGAUAUUCACGACGUCGUUCAUCGUCACGUUCAAAAGGUGGAUCUCGAUCUCGAUCGUACAGUUAUCAAUCGUUUUGGUGAACAUAGACUAUACCUAUAGCUUAUUUAUUUUGUUAAUUAUGUUUUUAUAAAAGGUCAUGUUUAGUUACACGCUAUCGUUAUAAAAUAAUUAUGAAAAAAUGA